UCAGCGUCGUCUGACCCUUCCAAACAUAAAUUUGCGUCCUCUCGCGACGUCACUUUAAUUCACCGUUGUGAUUGGCUGCUGCAGAAAGGCGGAUCUAAUCUACAGCGCCUAGGAAGAAGCAUACGACCAUCUUCGUGAGGUCGCAGGCCUUUGUGAUGCCAAGACACUGCUCUGCUGUAGGUUGCAAGUCACGUGACACAAAAGACAUUCGGAAAUCUGGAAUCACUUUUCACAGAUUGCCAAAGAAAGGAAACCCUCGACGCACAGCUUGGAUUAUCAACUCUCAUCGCAGAGGCCCUGAGGGAAAAGGCCAGUGGGACCCCCAAAGUGGUUUCAUCUAUUUCUGCUCUAAACACUUCACCCCUGAUAGCUUUGAACUCUCCGGUGUCAGUGGCUAUCGCAGACUGAAGGACGAUGCGAUUCCCACUGUAUUUGAAAAUCAGCCUCACGAAAGAGGCACUGCUGCGAAAUGUGCAACAAAACGGAGAGGCAGACCUCGAAAUGUGGACAAAGAUAUCAGUCUCAAGAACUCCACCAAUAAUGAAGCCUCAGAAAACCAGGAGAUCUUCAACAGUGAGACUGUGGUGCAAAAAGUAGCAGAGAAUGAGUGUAAAGAAGGCGAAGGGGAGGACAAGCAUGGUCAGCCUUCAUCUGAGGCUCCUCAGACCUCUGAAGAGACGUCAGUAGAUGACCAACCGCCUGACCCCUCUUCUCCUCAACCUCCUCCUCGUCCACCUUCUCCAUCCUGCUACAUGAGGCGUCUCCCCCCACCUCCUGGCUUUUACUUGCCGAAAGAGCACAACUACGCUCAGCUGUGCCCUCUAGUGUGGCGCAGGCGCUACGACAAAGCCAUCGACAGCUUGGAAAAAGCUCUGCGUCUUCUGAGUGCCGCUCGACGGCGAGAGAACCGCCUACGUCACGCGUUACUGCGCCUCAGAGAGAACCGAUUUAGAAGUACCCUGUUUCGCACACGAGAAGGAGCCAAAGGGAAGGAGGCCCGAGGAGGCAGGUUUUCAAGCUGGGCUGCUCAAAAGGGACAGGGGGCGACCGUGGAGAGAGGUCGCAAUCUUGAGGCUUUGGAGGAGAGCGCAGCUGAUGAAAUAGACCUUCUGGCUGAGGGCUGGACCGGACAGGUGCAGACAAAGGGAAAAGUCACUGGGGAAGAAGAAGAAGGCUGCUGCUUUUAUUGCGGAAGAGACAAUGAAGGAAACAAAGUAAGUGGAUACAAAGAAGCAACUGUAGGACCUGAUGAGGCUCUAGGAUCCCACACAAGACGUAAGCCUAAUAGAAUCCAGGAAAUCAAAAGGAAAGCCAAAGUGCUCAAAGAACAAAAGUCAGAGACCUCGAUGACUGAUGUGGCACCUGUGGAGCAACAAAGCUACUAUUUAUAUUACUGCGAGAGCGCAGAGAACGAGGACAUGAUGCAGGUGGUCACCAUGGAAUUGCCACCGCACCAGCUGAGCACCGAGCAGGAAACAUCUCUCAUGCUCCACAAUAAUGCUGAAGCAAUCCAGCAACUCGCUCUGCUGCAUCCACAGACUGACAUGCACACUGCGCCCGGGCCCGGGCCUGUUCAAUACUCCACAACACUGCAGGAAACGUCUGCGCCAUUCCAGCUGCAGCAACUCCAAGUGCUUGAGCCGCAACAGGGACUUCUGCUCUCUGACCUCGUCACAAAGGAAAAGAGCGGCAUGGAAAUGGAGCAGGGACAGCAGUUCUUCUGGGUUCAGGAAGGGACUGAUGAUCAUGUCCUGCUGAUGCCGGUUCCUGCCGAAGCGAGGGAAAGCAACGGGGUCGAUGUUGAGACUGUGAUUGAGACCGUGCAGCCUCAGGUGAUACUGGAGAGAUAUCAGUCAAAGGACACUGAAGAAAGGGAUGGACUGGCUGUGAAGUGUGAUUCCACUGUAUUGACGGCUAUGGCGUGGGAAAACGGUCCGCUCACACACCAGUCGGACCUGAGGCCCACGGCAGACGUCAGAGCGAGACUGAAAGAACAUCUAGAGGGGUUUCAGCUUCAGCUCAGCAGCGAGUUUAUUGACUGAACCGAUCAAAACUACAUAUUUUAAUUAGAUUUUUUUAUUCUCCACUCACGCACAGACACUUCACUUGGCAUUUUUUCAUCAGCAUAAUUUUCAUUUUAAGGCCAAUCAUAGUUAAAAUGUAUUAUGUUGGUAUUUUAAUUGAAAAGCAAAUUGAAAUUCAAUAAAACUCUUCAGUUACUAAAA